GUGGUGGACUGCUAGUGGUAGAGGUGAAGACGCGAGUGCUCUGGUGCGGAGUUGCUCUCGGAGGUGCGGCUUGGCAGAGGCGGCUGCCCCGCGAAAUCUUCUGGGACCGCGCCAGCGAGGACUCAUCCGCGACUGUACGCAAUGGAGCCACACACUCGACGCACCCUUUCUCCCGCGGCUCGCUCCUGCCAUCUAUCCUCACUAUCACGACUCCACCCAUUAUGAGCACCGAACAUGCGGACUCAGAGGCAUCGGUCGUGGCUGCCUCGCCCGACCAGCCUAAGCAGCUGCCGUUUCCGCCCGUUACUAAGCAGCACAUCCUGAACUGCUCGUACCACAGCUGGCACCCCAAAUAUCGAGCCAUCACACCGAAAGCGCGCCUCGUGCCUCUCCCAGGCGCCUUCUUGGACUACCUACGCGCAGAUGGCAUCGUGCUUCCACCUGAAGACAACGACAACCCCGACUGGUCCGAUGCCGACAGCGGCAUAUUCUCUGGCGCCGACAAUGAGGGUGACGACGAAGGCCCGGACCAAGACCCAUCAACACACUGGAGGGACACGCACGAAGCCAUAGAAGCCGUCAUCGAGGAGCUGGGCGGCAAGGUUGCCCCGAAGCUGAAUUGGUCUGCACCCAAAGACGCGACGUGGAUUGCAGCAACCAACAGCAUGGAGUGCCGGACACCAAACGACAUAUACCUGCUGCUCAAGUCGAGCGACUUCAUCACACAUGACCUCCAGCACGCCCUCGACGAUACCACAGAUGGAGAAGGCGACGCGGAAAUUCAAUACCACCUAGUCCUUCGGAAAUGGAUCGUCCUCAACCCUUCCGUCGAGUUCCGGUGCUUCGUGCGCAACCGGAAGCUGAUCGCCAUCUGCCAACGCGACCUGAAUCACUUCGACUUUCUCUUCAAAAUGGAGGACAAAUUAAGACAGACAGUCCAGGAGUUCUUCGAUGUGCGACUUCGCGACACUUUCCCCGAUCCCAACUUCACGUUCGAUGUCUAUAUACCGCCGCCACACGAUCGCGUCUGGUUGGUGGACUUCAACCCAUGGGCUCUGCGGACUGAUCCGCUCCUUUUCAGCUGGAUGGAGCUAUUGACAUUGGAAGAGCCGUUGCUUCCUGAAGCCGAAGACGCUUCGCAGGAAUUCGAGGUUGAUGAGGAUGACAAGGUGGUCGAGUUGUGGCAGCCCGAAUUCCGUCUGGUCCGCAGGGACGACCCCGAAGCAUACGGCUUCUCAACCCCGCAGUACAGCGCACAUAAGCUGCCUAGAGAUGUAGUGGAUGCAAGCAGGGGGGGCGAGGGCAUGAUGCGGGAGUUUGCAGAUCAGUGGAAGGAGGCACAGAGACUAGCAGAGCAGCAGGCAAAAGAGGAGAGUGAAGAUGAUUAGCGUAUCAUUUGAAUAAAAAUAACUGUACAAUUUCCAAGCACGUAGCU